AUGCUCAAUCUGCUCUUCCAUACACAUCAUAUUCUCCCCAGAGCCAGCCACCCAGAGCCAGCCACUCAGAGCCAGCCACCCAGAGCCAGCCACUCAGAGCCAGCCACUCAGAGCCAGCCACUCAGAGCCAGCCACUCAGAGCCAGCCACCCAGAGCCACUCAGAGCCAGCCACCCAGAGCCACUCAGAGCCAGCCACUCAGAGCCAGCCAGAGCCAGCCACUCAGAGCCAGCCACCCAGAGCCACUCAGAGCCAGCCACUCAGAGCCAGCCAGAGCCAGCCACUCAGAGCCAGCCACCCAGAGCCACUCAGAGCCAGCCACUCAGAGCCAGCCACCCAGAGCCAGCCACUCAGAGCCAGCCACCCAGAGCCAGCCACCCAGAGCCAGCCACCCAGAGCCAGCCACUCAGAGCGAGCCACCCAGAGCCAGCCACCCAGAGCCACUCAGAGCCAGCCACUCAGAGCCAGCCAGAGCCAGCCACUCAGAGCCAGCCACCCAGAGCCAGCCACCCAGAGCCACUCAGAGCCAGCCACUCAGAGCCAGCCACUCAGAGCCAGCCACUCAGAGCCAGCCACCCAGAGCCACUCAGAGCCAGCCACUCAGAGCCAGCCACCCAGAGCCAGCCACUCAGAGCCAGCCACCCAGAGCCAGCCACCCAGAGCCAGCCACCCAGAGCCAGCCACCCAGAGCCAGCCACUCAAAGCGAGCCACCCAGAGCCAGCCACCCAGAGCCACUCAGAGCCAGCCACCCAGAGCCAGCCACCCAGAGCCACUCAGAGCCAGCCACUCAGAGCCAGCCACACAGAGCCAGCCACACAGAGCCACCCAGAGCCAGCCACUCAGAGCCACCCAGAGCCAGCCACUCAAAGCCAGGCACCCAGAGCCACCCAGAGCCAGCGAGAGCCAUCCAGAGCCACCCAGAGCCACUCAGAGCCAGCCACCCAGAGCCACCCAGAGCCACCCAGAGCCAACCAGAGCCAGCCACCCAGAGCCACCGAGACAGCCACCCAGAGCCACCCAGAGCAACCCAGAGCCACCCAGAGCCAGCCACCCAGAGCCAGCCACCCAGAGCCAGCCACCCAGAGCCAGCCACUCAGAGCCAGCCACCCAGAGCCAGCCAUUCAAAGCCAGCCACCCAGAGCCACCCAGAGCCAGCCACUCAGAGCCAGCCACUCAGAGCCAGCCACUCAGAGCCAGCCACCCAGAGCCAGCCACUCAGAGCCAGCCACCCAGAGCCAGCCACCCAGAGCCAGCCACUCAGAGCCAGCCACCCAGAGCCACUCAGAGCCAGCCACUCAGAGCCAGCCACCCAGAGCCACUCAGAGCCACUCAGAGCCACUCAGAGCCACUCAGAGCCACUCAGAGCCAGCCACCCAGAGCCACUCAGAGCCAGCCACUCAGAGCCAGCCACCCAGAGCCACUCAGAGCCAGCCACCCAGAGCCAGCCUCCCAGAGCCAGCCACCCAGAGCCAGCCACCCAGCCCAACUGCCUGCUGA